UGGAGGUCCGGUCCAUUACAAGGUAUGCCCCUCUCUGCUAGGAUGCUGUGAGAUGCCUUCUCCCUCUUUAGGGUGGCUGCUAAAAGAAGGGUGGGAAGAUGUUCUCCUGGGCCAUGUGGGAAAAAUGGAGCCUAAACAGGAGCUCUCAGUGAAGAUCUGCCCCUGAUAAUCAUAGAGAUAAGUUGUCAACAAGAGAAGAUAGUAAGUGACUUGUAGUGAUCGUACUUGGAGCCAGAACUGCAGCCUUCCACUUCAAACGGUAAAUGUGAGAAAUUUACUCUGAGGAGAUCAUGGUUAGUAUGUAGUGAAGGAGAUUUGUUUUUAAAAUUUAGAAAAGGAAAAUUUUAUCCUAAGAUUGUUACCUGUGGAUUUUGUCAUAUGAGAAGAUGAACUGUCACGAUUACUAAGAGGAACCACAUUUCAAAUGAUUAAGGUGAGGAACUACCUCUGCUGUUGUUAUUAUAUCACGACUUCCCGGUGUUAUCUCCUAAGUGUUCAGAUUUUCCUCAGAAUAGAUAUGUGUAAUUUGUUAUUCUAUGUGGCUUUUCAGAAGAUGUUUCAGUUUUUACAGUCUACAUUUAAGGUAUGUGCAGCAAUCAUGUCACUUAGAAAUCUGUAAUAAAAAUAUAAUGCUUAUCUAGAGCAUGUGAGGUCUUUUAUGAAUCUGGAUCUCCAUUUUCAAGUUUCACAGAACCUGUAAUAAAUUUGCCUCAACAAUUAAGCUGAAGGAAUCAAGCUCUAGUGAGACUCUAGACAAGCUUCCUUGGCAGCUGGGAUACUGUGAGCUAUCUGAUCUGUAGGGAAGGUUGACAAGCCACAGAAGGUAAGACCACUAGGCCUGCAGCCGUAGGGAGAAUUUACUCUGUGAGAAACUGUGACAAGUGCUGGUCUUUUUCUGCCUGAAUGAAGAAGUGUCUUUUUAAUUUGCCUGGCAGGGAAAAAUUAUUUGGGCUGUCCUGGCAGAGGAAUAAAUACUCUCUUUAGAUUCCUGUCCACCAGGAACUGACCAAAUGCAUCAAAGUAACUCAGUAACAAGCUAGUAGAUGGUAUUAACAUUUAAAUAGCUGUAAAAGUCACUUUAAAAAAAUAUCCUUCAAACUGCUUUUAGGUUAAUUUCCCUGAAAGAGAAGUGUAGACAAAAGUCUUAUUAAAACUGUCUCUCCUCCAAUAUUUUUUUCUCAAUACUUAGGUGCAGCAAACUGAGUUCAAGACUAAACCACAAACAUAAAAUAAAAAUUCUGUUAUAUUGGGCCCAGAGCCAGUCUCACAGAUGCACUCAUUACUGCCCAUGUGAAAGCAUUACAGUUCCACUACAGUUCUUGAAUAUGUGUUGGCAGCUGCACUUCAGGUUAUUUUAAACCGUAAUCUUCAAAAAGAAUUUUCUGUUGAGACUUUGCUGUGCCUUUCUCCUGUAGACAUUUUGUAGUACAAAAAAAAAAAUCAUCCGAACUCCUGUUAAUAGCAGUAUUGUUAUUGUCACUUUCCUCUUAUUUUUAACUCCAGAGGUAAAUGAUUCAGAUAUAAACAUUUCAUAGGAAUACAAAGCUUUUACAUGCUGAUGCAAAGUUUCAGUCUAAGAACUUUAUCUUGAAGAAAUUUUGGAGUUGAGUAUUUCCAGCUGCUUUAUUUCUUUAAAAAUGUAUUUUACAAGAAACAUAAAAAUGCAGUUAGUUUACAUUAUGCUAUUAAUGUUUUUAGGUGGGAGUGACAGGAAGAUUAACGUACUAAAGUAAAAACACCUAAUUUGCAAGCAUAACAACAACUUUUAGAGGCAUGACUGAGGACCCUUAACUGUUGAACCACCAGGCUCCCAAAGAUAUAGGAACGGCAGGCAGUAAGCCUUCCCCUCAACGUUAGUAUUUUCUUUUUCUGAAUUGAGAUGAAGACCAGAAAAAAAGCACCUAACACUUGCUGACUGCACGUACUUCGGUGUGAUUUCAUCCUGCUGGUUGGGGCUGCUUGUGGGGCACGGGUAGCUGGGAAGGCGGUAAGGGAGCUGCCCUGUCCCUUAUUGCCUCGAAUGAAACAGAAGGCCGCGGAAACAUGAAAACCGAGCAGGCAGCUUUUGUGGGGCACUGCCCGGCUUUCAGCCCCGCCGAAGAUACCCGAGAGGGGCGAUCGCGCCGGAGCCCCGGCAGCGCUCUGCCACGCGGGGAAGCGACAGCCAGAGAUUAGGCCCGGGGACAACCACGGCUCCGCCGUUCCCCGCCGCCGGCUCCCCCCGGUUUCCCCUCGGCCCCGGGUCCCGACACUUCAGCCCAGGGGCCGGGGCCGCGAGGAGCCGUUCCCGUUCCCGGCCCUUACGCGCAGCCAAUCCAGCACCGAGCCGGCGCCUGGCGCACACGCCCCGCCCCAAGCUCUGCCGUCGCCGGGGUGGGCAGAACUUCUCCGGCGGCGGCGGCGUGGGGGAGCGGCUCCUUUGUCGGAGGGACGCGCCGGGGGCGGGCGCUGGGCGCGGGCCGGGCCCGCGGAGGUUGUGCAGGCUCCGGCCGGCGCCGCGCCCCUGCUCUCUCCUCCCGCCCUUCCCGGCCGCCGCGGGGCGGGGCGGCCGGCGCUCCGGCAGCGGCGGCGGCAGCAGCAGCAGCAGCAACAGCGAGCAUGUCCUCGAGCAGGGCCAAGAAAGUGAAGAUGGCCACCAAGUCCUGCCCGGAGUGCGACCAGCAGGUUCCUGUUGCAUGUAAAUCAUGUCCCUGUGGCUACAUAUUUAUUAGUCGAAAACUCUUGCAUGCUAAACGUGCUGAGAGAUCACCACCCAUCACAGAGAAACAAGAAAAAGAAGUUGACAUGUAUGCUAACCUUUCAGAUGAAAAGGCCUUCGUAUUUUCAGUGGCCUUGGCGGAAAUAAACAGAAAAAUUAUCAAUCAAAGACUUAUUCUGUAACUUGUAAGCACAAUCUGAUGCAUUUAUAUGCAGAAUGGCUAGUGUGUUUCCAAGGUGUCGUGGACUCUCGGAAAGUGUGUUGUCUGCACCAUCAAGGACUAUAGUAUUUCCUGUUAAAAUUCUGAUGCUGUUCUUGGAAAUCGAAUUCUGUCUCUGCAAGUCAGAAAGUGUUCAUGAGAUUGUGCUAUGAAAAAAUCAGAAAGCAGAUAUGUUUUACGCCUUGAAGACAAAUGCUAGACAAAUGCACAGAGAGACUGCACCCAUUCCACAGCACUUCUUUUAAAUUUGCUGCCAGAAAUGCAAUAUUUUAAAUAUUUUCAGAAGUAAAUGAUUUUCAUUUAAAAUUAUAUAUUUCAGAUUUUUCAGCUAUAUUGCAGUUUAUGUAUGUACAGUUGACAUAACUUUUUAAUAAAUUGAUAUUCCAAUAUUUUAUUGAACUGGGAAUUAAGUACGUUUGUGAUCUUAGGGUAUAUUGGCUUUAAUCCUCUUAGAAAUCUGGUAUUCAUCCUAGGGAUGUCUUUAGAUUUGCAUUUUUUUUAAUAGGUUGUAAUACUAUUCUGACAGGAAGAAAAUGAAAGCAGUUUCAUUUGGGGGGAUUAUUCUGUUUGACAAUUUCAUAUUGUUUAUGAAUUCUCUCUAGAAAAUUAUUCCCUGUUACAUAGAGUUGUGUUUUAAAAAUCACAUAUGCUUUUUUUGGGGUCAGAAUCCUGAAGUUUGAGAGCUAAGCACUUGUUUUGUAACAACUACUUGUGGGGUGUCUGCCUUGUCCAGCCGGUAAGUACGUCUCCCAUACUCUUUCUUGGCCCAUCAUUUACUGGAGAGGGAGAGAAGCAGGCAUCAGAGAUGGAGGUCUGCAGCUAGCAUCUUCUUACUGGUAUUUUCAAAAGAUGAGGAGGAUAUGCCAGUUUUACCACCAUUUUUUGUCUUUUAAAAGUGUAAUUCUUAGCAGUAUUGUCUUUGAACUGUUGACUGUAAAUACCAAAGCAAAAGUCUACCUGAGUGUGCAAAAAUGAGCUGUCUUGAUAGAAACAGGUUUGGGGAAGACAUUCAAUGAAAUAGUCUUUGUUAAAGUUGUAUAGUGCAAUUUGAGCCAUAACUCUUACUUUAGUAAAUAUACAGGGUUUUUUUCUUAGAAGGAGAAAAAAAAAAAGCUCAAGCCCUGUAAAAUCCGGAGGAAGGAGGUGUAGGAGGUAAUUGCAUUCAUAAAGUCUGGCAUGCUGUUUUUUUGUCACAUUUCACUCUCCUAAGAAGGGAAAUGCAACUAAAUGUCUUUAGUUUUUCUUUAGUAUUACUCAUGCUUUUCAGUAUCACAUUACUUUAAUAGUGAGAAUUACCUAAUGGGAUUCUGCUACAGAACUGAUUUCUGGGUGGAAGCAGAGAUUUUUAUUAAUAAAGAUAGACUAUCAAAUACUGACUAUUCAUUAGUUAUUCGUUAAAGGAAGAAGCUAUGAUAGUUUUGAGUCAAGCCACAAGGGAAUGAUCAGAUGCAAACUUUGUCAGCAGAAGCAGGAAACAUGGAAAGUGAUUUUUAAUUCUUGACUCCUAAGGAGUCAUGGGGUCCUCACUGAGCGAGAGGGAUGGGUGUGGAAAUGCACGUAAACCACUAAUAUACAUUUGUCUUUAUUCCAGUAAAUGAGGAAUUGCGAACAUGAGACCUACUUCCCUACAUCAUGUAGACUUCUGCUUUCCAGAACUAGCCUGUCACAGAUACCAGUAGUAAGGACAGAUGAGUAACUCUUAAGGAUAGAGUAUAUGUUUGCAUGGUAAGUUAUUAAAGUCAGAAUGACAAAAGGGAAGUUCUAAUUUUGAAAACUUAAGAUAUGGUCAGGCUUGUGUUGCCUCUGUCACUAGAAUGAGAUCUGCUGUGUUAAGAAGACACAAAGGAAACUACUAAAGCAGCCUGUUUGGCAGUCUAACCUGCGUUCCUGCAGGUAUCUAUUUCUUUCUGCUCCUGUACAUGGAAUUAGUUAUCUUCAGAGGACUGGAGUCAAAUGUUGUUAGAUGUGACAAAAUUUAACUUACGCUUUUUACACUUAGAUUGGUGCCUUCUUUGAUAAGUACUGAAAAAUACAUUCAUACCUCUCAAAAGCGCAAGACUGUUUUUUCUCCUUCAUUGAUGGAAACUCUCUUGAAACAGUGGUUGAGUUCUAUUUCUGUACUUCUUCCCUUUGUCUUCCCUAGGUCUCUGCUGUCAGCUCUUUCCCACUUGUGGUCUUGCUAUUUUUCUUCCCCCGCUGGCUUCCAGUUUCUUUGAGAAAGCUGUGAUGGAAGCAGGUGGCCUUGAAAAUAUUCUAGGGAGAGAGUGGUUCUCUGCUAGGGGAUCUUGCAAAGCAAGAGUCCUGGCUUUCUCUUCUCACCAACCAGAAACAAACCGUUCUUUCCUAUAUGUAUGGGACACUUCAGUGUCUUCCAAAAGCCCUCAUAACUCUGUGGCUGUGGUAUGCUAAGACAUAGAUUUCUUUGAACAUAUUCAGUGACUGAACUAGAAAGUGUCUGUAUCAUAUGAAAUGGGCGUCAACAUGAUGGCAGCUCAAGAGCUCUUUCUUUUUGUGUUAGCGAUGAUCAAUGGAUGAAACACUGUGGCAAAUCAUUGUAGAUUACAGUUGUAAAAUAUAUUGAAUCUCUGUCUAUGAAACUAAAAAAAAGCCAGUGACAGCUAAAUGAUGAGAGCAUAAAAUUCUAUGUACUGCAGCUCUGACUUACUUGGAAACUGCCUAGUUUCCAAGAAGCAAGAAUAAAUGUGUAACACUUCAGGAAGUUGCUUAUGCAAAAUUUUUUUUGUGACUCUCUUGUUCCAGUAUAAGAUUUUAGGCCCUGCCUUUGAAUGUCUUUGUGGUUCAGUCUCAAAUUUGUUUCACUGCGUUUUGUAGCAUGAGACCUCACAUGGAAAAAUAGUUGUCUUUCAGAAAGUGAAUUAGGCUGCAGGUUUUUUAAUUAACUUGAAAGAAGAUCAAGUACAUCACCACCACAAAAAUACCACUCUACCUCUAUACUGUUACUAUAUGUGCAUGGUAACUUACCUGACUAGAAAAACUUGAUGUUGUGAACUGAAUAGUUUUGGAUUGUACUGGAGAACUGCCUGUUUGUAAACCACCAUCUAGCAAGCUCUGCUGUCACCUCUUUCCUCUUUUUCUCUGAAGAACUAUGCUUCCAGUGUUUAUAGCUCUAUGUAACAGCAUGUCAGGCCAUCAAGCAGGUUCACAGUUCAAAUUCUGGCCUGAGAUUUCUCUGCAUUUACUGUGUUCUGCUACUAGAUGGCAGCCUUAUUCUAAAGAGUUGCUUUCUAUUCAGGCAUUCUUACUAUCGAUACUAGGAAGAGCAUAGUAUUCAGUUUUGGUGAAAGUACACUGAAAGGUUAUUUUUCAUUAGAACAUUACUCAUUCAUACCUGACUUGGGAGCUUAAAAUCCUGCUAAUGGCUGUUAUUGGCUAUCUGCGCUGAAAGUAGAUGGGUUCAUCAGUUGCGUAGAAUGUUAGCUCUUGACCUGUAAAAAUUGGUAAAGAUGAAUUUGUCAAGGCCAAAGAACUCUGAACUUUCAGUUAGCAAUUUAAUAAAAAAUGGUUUAAGGAAACUCUUCUUCAUAUAUGUAAGUUUUCUUUGGUCAAAUUUUACAAACAUCUCUGAUUUUUGUGUUAUUUUCACUCUAAAUACUGUUAUGAUUGAUUAAAAACCAUUGGAAAUGGGGCAAGGUAUUGGGAAUACUUUGCAGAUUAUCGUCACCCUGUGGUUGGGCAGCAGGAUUUGUAGAGAGGGAGACUAGACUUGAGAUAUUUGUUUCAAAUAUCAGGUCCUAAACAAGGUCUUUGGGUUGGGUUUACUUAGUGCUUUUCUUUUUUUUGAGUUUUUCUAGGGGUUUUUUUUUUUUAAGAGUGAAACAAUGAUUCAUGUAGGCUACUAGCAGCACUGUGUCUGUUCCUUGUAUCUUGGACUGUACUGUCAAGGAUGCUUAGUAUUCUGUUGCCUAACAGGACAUGGUGCUUGACUCUUGUUCUUGAAGAUAGUGAUAACCUUUAAGGUACUGAUAACCUGGGAUUAAACAAUGUAACCAGAAAGCUGUCUUAAACCACAGUUUAGCUUAAGCCUUUUUGAGUUGCUGUUCUCCAGAACACGAUUCCUCUGUGUGCAUGAACAUGUGCAGGUAUUACUGGUGUCCUGUUUUGUAUCUCUGGGUGCAUCUGUGCAAGUGGUUUUGUUUGGAUUAGGAGUGUGUGUUUGAAGCAAAUCUCAUGAUAGUCUGUACUUCCAGUGCUUGUGUUUGCAACAUGGAAUGGUCUUGGGGAGCAGGAAGUAGAUUUCUUUUACAAAAAAUUGACCUUGAAGAUGUCCUUCAACUGUUAGUGGGUGUUUGGUCUGCAGGAUCAGGACUACCUGUAGCAGAUGUUGGGCUCUCAGUACCAAUUGUUUCACUCUACAGACUUCCUGUUGUGUCUCUCUCCUUGCUUAUUAUGAAAAUACAGCAGAGCAAAUGUUAACAAGUUUAACCAACACUUUCAGGUGAGUCUAAAAGCAAUUUAUCCUUCAAAGUAUUAAGAAUGUUAUCAGUGUUUUGUAGUAGGCUUCCUACAUUUUUAUUUCACUGUGGAUUCUGGCAAAUAACCUCUAGCGAAUCUACCUGUAGCAUUUCAAGAUGUUGCUUUCCCCAAUUAUUUGCCUAUUCUUUUUGGAGGUUGCCACUUCGGUAGCAGUGGUGGUAGGACAGCUCUCAUAAGUAGUAGAAUGAUUUUUUUUUUUUUCCCUCUUGUUUAGACUGUCACUUUCAAAACUCACUAGUAGUUACAGAAUUCUAAGUCUGGCUACCCCAAAGUUGUAUCUGAUUAAGCAGUUUUUCUGUUGAGAUGAAGAUGGUCAAUUUUUCUGCGUUGAUCAGACAUUGCAGAAAUACCCUAUGUGAUUUCAGUAGAUACUGUGAAUUGAUAAUGAACCAAAAGUAGCUGUAAAUCAAUGUAUAAGAAUGCUUUUUUUUUUUUUCUCUCUUACUUUAGAAAGGGUUGCCUAUAGCUGCUAGCCGUUGAUUGGGAUGUGCAAUCUAAGGAAAAAGCAAGAAAUUGGUUAGGAAGAAGGCAGUGGAAAUGGAUAAAUCUGUGUAUUUCUUUUUUUUUCUCCAGAAGAAAACCUAAACCUGCUUUCACCAAAGUUGUUUAAUUUCAAGCUCAAAACAUGGUUCUUAGGAAUCAUUUGGCGUCAUCAUGCAGCUUAUCCCCCAGGAAAAAGUCAGGUACUCUUCCCUCAUUUUUCCUCCCACCCCCACAAUCUGCUUUUCUUGGUGCUUUUUAGCUUUGUACAUAGAAACUGAACUUCAUCUUACGAAGGUUAGUUUACUACCUUUGGUCUUCUACUGUGCAUUAUUUCUCUCAGUCAUAACUUAGUCUUUAAUUUUGUCAUAAGGGUUAAGAUAUAAAUACUGUUUUUGAUCCUGGACAGUGUUGAAGACCAUGAAACGCUAUUAAGAACACUGAGUGUUCCAGAUACCAGGAGUACAACCACUAAUAGUCUGAUGAUUUUCCAAGUCUCAGUGGUUUUUACUUUGUCUUGGAAUAAAGAACUUUUGAAUAUUUUAUUGACAAUAUCUU